CCAUCAGCAGACAGACAUAAAAAAAGACAGACUAUCACCAGACAGACAGACAUACAGAAACAUAUUAUACAGACAGACAGGUAGACCUAAGACAGACCGACUAUCGUCAUACAGACAGACAGACCAAAUAUGAGACAGACAGGCAAACAGAUGUCCAACAACCAAACAGACACACACAGCAGUAAUAUAGACUAAAUGUUUCCUUUUCCCCAAUAUAGGUGUUCAAAACAGAGCUGCCGCGCGUUUUUUUUUAAAUCGCAUUAUCAGUUGGACUAAAGAUUGAGUCGGUUGUCUUUCAUGCCUUUGUGUGGCCGUUGCACCUUAGAAACAGCCCGCUAAACCUCUGGAGGGAGCCUGCGAAACACAUACCAACCGAACCCAAGUGUGUGUGCCGCCAUGGUGACUCUUACGUCACACCUCGAGCACGGAUGUGUGUGUGUGCCUCCGUGGAGUGAGCAUUUAAAUAGAAUAGAUGUUCGAAAGGAGUGAGAGGUAGCCAAGAAGUGGAAGGACAUGCGCACGAUUUGAAGAGAGUCACAACACUAUCCGAUUCCUACACGAUUCACAAAGGUAGAGUCAAUUUGUGUAUUUGUUGGAUAUUGCACAGACUUGUCCGAGGCCAAGAAUUGGGCUCGAGCUCGAGGUGGUAGAUAUCCACGGGAUGGACUCCCGCUUUCCCUUGCGCUGGCGUGGUAAAUCACGCGCCAUUGCGGGUUGAUGUUGUGCAUGCGCCUUGGUCGACGGUGUGCAUGGUCGAUGCUACGUUGCGUGGCUUCGGCGGCCUCCAUUUGUGAAUUAAUGUGCAUACUCGAAGAUUAUUUUGAGGCGUUUUGUUUCGAUGACGGCACGCAACAGUUGGAGUUUGCGCUGUAGUAAUUGCUCUCCAAACAGCGCAACACAAACUAACGUUACGGUUGUGAAAGGUAGGCGUCAGUGAAUGGCCAACUUUGUAACUUGCUGACUAAAUACAUGGAGGCUUACAACAUGGCUUGGUGAGGACAGGGCGAAGGGUGGUGUCAAACAACUUUUAAGGGUUACUCCACUGGCCUGUGUUUUUUAAGAUAGUUCAUGGAAAACAAUGGUUUGUUUGAUAAGUGAGAAGAAAUAUGAUUUGGAAUAACCAUAUUUAACAAACAUUAGUGAUAAAACCUCCAAUAUCCUACGCAGGUCUAUACAUGAAAGGACCGUUUGCAUUUUUUCUGAACUUGAAUUGUCAAGAAGACUCCAAUGGGAAAUGUAAUUAAUUGCAUUUUAGCCUCUAACCUACAUUUUGAUUAAUGAAAAUGUGAAUUUGAAUGGACCUUUUGGCUAGGCUACUAGCAGGGUUGGGGAUGUUACUUCUAAGUGCAAUCAGCUAGUAGCUAGUUACCUAUCCAAAACUGUAAUCUGUAGUUUUUGGAUUACCCAAUCUCAAUGUAAUCUGAUUACUUUCACAUUAGAAAAAUGCAUUAGAAGAAGCCAAAAAGGAUCCAUCAAAUGCCUUUGGUGUGUUGUCAUAGUGGUCUCUAACUUGUGGUCAGAUUCUUUAAACCUGUGUCUUUUUUCAAUGCUGAAUUGAAUGUCGUUGAGAAAACAAAGGUGUCAGUGUAUUGGCAAACAUCCUUUCUGAAUUAAAAAUGAAUCCAAGAAGUAAUCUAGUUUUUCAAAAGUAUCUAAUCUGAUUACAAUUUUUUUUUGGUAAUGUACGUGGUUAAUUUUUUUGAAAUCAGAUUGCAUGUAACAGGUUACUCCCCAACCCUGGUUACCAGUGCGUACAAUUGUUAAACAUUUAGUCUAAUACUUUUUUAUAUUUUGUAACUAUUUUGUAAUGUUUUGUAGGCUAAUGUAGGCUUAGCUUGUCGGCUAGUAGACUAAAUAAUCAACUUAGAUUCUCACCAGAGGGUCUUGCAUUAAUUGUGCAGGUGAGUAGCUAGUCUCUGGUUUAGGAGCUGACGGAAGACUGUGUUCUCUGCCCGAGCUUUGGAGCAAGUUACCAAAUGAAGAGAGCAUAGAUGUCAACUGAAAAUAACCAUAGUUCAACUUGAUGUGCUUUAAACAAAAAGAAGAAUAGUAUACAACAUUUAAUACGGAGGACCCUACUGUAAUGGAGGAGUGGGUAGAGGACUUGGCUAUUACCACAUGAAUUUCACCUGACAGCGUCACCAGUAAGCCAAGCCUGGCCAACAAGAAUGGGGUGGAGGACCAAUCUGUAACCAUGACAGGCAAGGAUGCGAGCUUAACCAGCGUAACCAUGGCUUCAUCCACCGAUGCCAUAACAAACACUGAAGUCAACCUGGCUGUGGCAUCAUCCACACACAGUGAAGCUAACUUAGGCAUAGCUUUAUCCACUGACGCCAUUACAAACAAAGAAGCGAGUGGAACUAUAGCCUUACCCAUGUAUAGUAAGGCAAACACUGAUGAUAAGGCAGCCAUCCCACCCAUAGCAUCAGCAUCUCCAUCACCAGCUGCCACCAUGACAAACAGUGAUGCCAAACUAGCCCUCCCCUCACUGUUUUCAUCACCCGCUUUCAUCACCAGUAGCCCAGCCCCCGGAGGCCUGCAGCCCGAGGAGGGAGGCCUCUCAGCGGUGAGGUCAUGCGGCGGUGUGGGGGUCACUCUGGAGAACAGCAGUGUCUGGAAGGAGUUCCAUCGAUAUGGAACCGAGAUGAUCCUGACAAAACAGGGCCGGCGCAUGUUCCCCUACUGCCUCUACCACCUGACGGGUCUGGAACCAACACGCCGUUAUGCUCUUGUCCUGUCAAUCACACCCAUCGACACAUACCGCCAUCGCUGGAACCUGGAAUGGGAACCCAGUGGUCCUGGCGAACCACUCAGCCAGGCCUCACGCAGAGUCUUCCCCCACCAGGACUCAUCAGCCCUGGGGAAGGUCUGGAUGGCCAGCCUGGUCUCCUUCUAUAAACUCAAACUGACUAACCACUGCCUGGACCAGGAGGGGCAUGUGAUGUUGCACUCCAUGCACCGCUACAGGCCCAGUUUACACGUGAUCCCCGUCGCAGAUGGAGAAGACCUUGUCUUUGACCCUAAGAUGCUCUACCUCCAGCUUUUCAGUCCGAAGGUCAUGACCUUCACGUUUCCGCAGACAGAGUUUUAUGCUGUGACGUCAUACCAGAACACCAGGAUCACCCAGCUGAAGAUAGACUAUAAUCCCUUUGCUAAGGGCUUCCGGGAGGACAGCGGCAGCCCGCGCCUCACCAAGUCCAGGCCAGAGCAGUCUCAGGCGGGGAAGGGAGAUACCCGCUCCCCUGGUCUGAGCUCCGCUAGGCCCGAUGGUCGUAAGGGGACUGAGCAGAUUGUGACUGUGAGUGGCGUGGCUGAUCUCAGAACAAAUCGCUCAUUGUGUUGUAGCAUGAAGAAAGAUUAUCUCUCUACUACUCACCCUGUGGAGGCUGAAGUCUCAGCGAAGCUGAGGAGAGUUGCCCCUGGUACAGCCACUACAGCAGACUCCGAUGCCAGCCAGACUGACGUGUCUGCCAGUGAGGAGGGGAUAGAUCUUGACGAUAGUGACGGUGACCACGUCUUCCACAGACGGUACCUCCAAGCCCAGCUAGCCCUGUCUUCAGGAGCCUCCAGGCCUGGGGAGAGACAGGGGUCUGGGGAGGAGAGACAAGGUGGGGCUGGGAUGGACCCCUUCAUACAGGCCAGCCUGACUGCUAACACUCAUAAUGCUACACAGUAUGCUGCGUUACACACCAACAGCUGUUCAAAGCCUUCAGAAUCUUCCACUGUAGAACCGAUGAAGUCUGAGGUUCCGUCCUCAAAGAAGGUUACGCUUGUAGAACCCACCAUGACCUCGCCCAUUUUGGUUGCCGAACCUCAAGAGGGCAAGGCUGCCAGCUUAACCCCUAAAACAUCCAAAUUACAGAAGAUCGCUCCCAAACCUAGCCCCUCACCUUCACUUCCAACCCCAACCACCUCACCCUUUGCUGUCCCAAAGCCAUGGAAGAAGGGGCGGAAAUCAGGGGGCAAUCGUUGGGGCAAUGCAGGAAAAGUCACUAAGGGGACUAAGGUGGCGAAAGCGGCUGUCACGUUAACAAGCAGCCCGGUAACUGUCGCUAUGCAGCCUCAACUGGACGACGUGGAGGGUCUACUUUUUGUGUCCUUUACUUCCAAGGAAGCUCUUGGUGUCCAUGUGGAGGAUAUGCCACCAAGUAACACGUCACCAGUCGUGCAGGAAUACCCAGAGAGAACUGAUGGAAGCAGGUCCUUUGUCUCCAGGACAGGGAAGACCAGUGACCUGACCAAAAUCAAGGGCUGGAGGGACAAGUUCAUCAGGACCAGAGUGUCCUCUCAGAACCAGAACCGCUCUGCCUUCUGCAGCGAUACGCUCGACCAGUACCUGGAGAGAGAGGCCCAGCGAAUCAGAGCCUGCACCGACGCCUUCUCCCACAACCCCCUGGGCUCCGUGGCCUAUCAGCUACCUGUGACCAGCUACGUGCGGACCCAGGAGAGCGUUUUGAAGAUGCGCGCCCCUCCGCCUCAGCCACCUGCCUUCUGUAGACCCUGCCCCCUCUCCCCGAAACCUCUUCUGUACGCUGCUCUAAAGAAGCCCCCUUCACCUAUCAAAGACCACGUGACCCCUCCUAAAGCAGCCAAGUCCAAACCAAACCAUGCACCACCACAAGGGAAACAGCACCAUAUAACACCAGAACAGGGCAAAGGCAGAUUCGCCUCUGUAUUACGGCCCAUUCAGGUCUCCAACAGUAACAAAACAACUGCUGCUGAAGCUACAGCUGAGGUGAAAGUCACCAGCCCUAAUGCACAAAGGUCACUUCCAGGUAAGGAGGCAGUGAGGAGGGACACCAGCCCAGGAGGAAGCCUCUCCAGCGGGUUGAGUGGCCUUUCUAAGAUCCAGCUGAAAAUGAUGGAGAUGGAGGAUGCCACCUUCUACCAGGGACACGACAGAACACACAUUACUACUGAGAGGGUGGAGACGGCCCUGAUGGCCCUGCUCACUGCACAGGGUCUUUCUAAGAUUAGAGCCCCCAAUGCCAGCCCAGUGGAUGGUCCAGAGUGUGGUUCUGAGUUCUGCAGGUUGGGGUGUGUGUGUUCCAGCCUGGCCCGGGUGUCCAGGGGUCCACUCCACUGCUACAGGCCAGACUGUAUGUUGGGCUGCUCCUGCUUCAAAUGCAAGAUCACCAAACAGACCACAGCAGCAGAGAAUCACCAGAACCAGAUGCUUCCCGUUUACACUAUGUCUAAGGUGGACCAUGAGGUCCAGCCCAAUCGAGGCAUCCGCGUCUUUACCCUGUGGGACCUCACCUCAGGGGUGGACCCAGAGCCCCUCUUCAUCCCCAAAACUGCUGCCAACAUACCCAUCAAGCCUCUAACCAGGAUCUACCACCUUGGUUACAUCCCUCGUCUCACCCCUAAGCUGCGAGAGGAGGACAAGGACCCAGUCCACAAGUACGUUGAGAGUGUGAUGACGUGUGCCAGCGUCAGAGAGUUCAACACCAAACCCACUCCCCAGGUGCUGCCACCACAGGUGCACCUAUUCAACGACAGUAGCGGUUUCAUCAUCCCCAGCAGCGGAAAGAAGAAGAUUGCUGCCGUCCUCUCACCUCCAACUAAACCAGUUGUACCAAUGAAGAGUCCUCCCAGCCAGGCCAAGAAGCCUGAAGGUCCUCCUGAGCCCACCAUAGAGCUGGAGAUCCAGUCAGAGUGUAACUGGGACCAGCAUCAGAAACUGGUCCUGGGGGUUCUGUGUCGACGCAUGACCCAGAACCGUCUGUCCGAACCCUUCAACAUCGGCUGCUACCACGUCCGCCUCCUCUCCAACACACACACAUGCAAGGCCGAGGGCAACAUCAUCAUAUUCAAGGUGUGCAUCAGUAAGGCUAAAGACGACAAAUCCGAUGAUGUUGACCAAUCCGAUAGUGAAGUCACAGAUGACAGUGAUGAAGAUGAGAAGGAGGAAGAGGGCAUCCCUGAGCCUGAGAAGCCGGAGGUGCAAGUCGGCGUGACUCGCUUUCUGACUGGAGUGGUGCCAGCAGGCAGACUGAGAGCCAGGAAGAAACCACCAGCCUGUCCUGCUGUAGGACUCAUCCAGGUGAACGGUAAAUCAUACUCCCAGGCCCGGCUGCUGCUGGGGCAGAUGGGAGCUCUGCACCCGACCAAUCGGCUGGCCGCGUUCGUCACCGGAAGGUUGCGCUCUGUAGCGAAGGCCACUCAGAAGCCUCUCUCCUGCUCACCCAGGUUGAAGAAAACACCUGGGGGUGCUGGGUGCUUCAAGACAGCAGGCACAGCUGUUACUCCUUUAGGCAGUAGUAGUGUUACAUCUUUGUCUAUGGCCCAGAAAGUAUUCCAGACACCAGCAGGGAAGAACACGCUUCCUCCCUACAAACCACCAUGGUCCCUAGGUGUCACCAAAUCUAAAGGAAAAACCUCCACUAGUCAAACCACCACCAACAAAGACCCUAAAGACCCAGCCGGCUCUCACCUGCUGCUGAUCCCCAUGGCCCCUCCUGCCCCAGGCACCUCCCCAGGCUCUCGUCCUGGUGUGGUGCCCCCUGUAGGGAAGAAGAUGCUACUACAGACAGUCGCUUCCUCCCAGGGCUGUAAAACGUAUCAUCAGACCAACGGACACCUGAUAAAACCGCUACCUCUGAAUCAGAUAUGUCACAUAAAGGCCAAGAAUCAAAAAAAUAUCCCUGGUUCUGCUAUCAAGCCGUCUACCCGCAAAACACUCCCCCCUCCCCCCCAUCUCACCUCCAUCCACCACCCUCCCCACUCCCCCCACAUCAAAUUCAUCACAGGCCAGUCAGGUGCCUUCACCCCAUCCCAGACCUCAUCGUCUUCCCCUGUCUCUCUGACCAUCUCCUCCUCCCUGAAGACCCCUAGCUUCCUGGGCCAGAUUGGGACCUACUCCUUCAGGAUCUGUUCACCUAUUGCAGGGGACCAGGGCACAAGGGGCCCAGGCCAGGGCACCAUGGAAGGCCCAGCCGGAGUGGCCCUGCCUGGGGGCUUCACCCUCAUCCAGCUCCCUAAAUCUGUAGGUACUGAUGGUGCUCCCCGGCUACCCAAACUAAUCAGAACCACAGCUGUGGGUGAAGCGGUAGCAGCCAGAACUUCGCAGCAAGGAGUGCCUCAUCUGGAGACCAAAUCUUCCUCUGGACCUGCAGGUGGAAAGGCCCAGAAGAACCAGAAAGGAACCUCUUCUCCCUCACCUCUAGCCUUGAUAGAAGUUCAAACGGAGACUGUGCAAUCUGCAAAACUCUCCUACACCCCAGAGUUAAAUACCAAUACACCUGACUCCAGAUUAGCUCUAGCCCAGAAGAAACAGAGUCUGACUCAGUCAAAGGGCCUUAAAUCUGACCUUAGAUCAGCCAAAGUCAACUACUCUAGUCCCACAGAGCCCAAUGAGUUGACCUGUGAUGUGGGGGAGGGCUCGCGACCAUGGAGCCCAGAAUCAUGUCAGAAAGACACAAAGUUCAGUCCGUUUACGACUCUGAGAAUGCAUGAGAACGGGCAUCCUGAUUUUAAUGUUGAGGACUCGGAUUCAGAUCCGGGCGACUCGUCGGAUGACUCGGAUUCCGACAGUGAUAAAUAUGCCGAGGAAGAAGAGGAGGAAGCGGUUGACAUUGAGACGGUGGAGGAGAGGAGACGGGGCAUCACCGUCCCUCAGAUGAGGGCCGCUGUCAAACACACACAACAAAACAGUCAGGAUGAGGAAACAGCACCAAAGGAAACGCGUCAGAGGGAAAAGAGAGAGGAGGGGUCUGGCGAGGGAGGGGGUCGUAAGAACCGUACCCUGACGGAAAGGUUGCGUCGCGGCGAGCAUCAGGAACUCUUCACCAGACUCAAACAGGUGCUGUUCAUGGAAAAACUGGACCCCAAGGUCUCUAAGCUUCACCUCCUUUCACAAGCUUUGAAGGAGAUUCGUACCCUGUCGGUGGACUCAGAGUCUCUGGAGGAGAACAAAAGGAUGCUGACUGAGAUCCAGUCUGUCUAUGUCAAGGAGAUUACGUACAUUUCUGGGAAGUCAGAGGAGCAGAUCAAGGCCAAGCUGAAGGAGAUCUGGGAGAAGAAGAGAGCUCUAGCUGCCCAGAGAAGAGCAGAUGUGCCCUGUACCUCUGUCCAUGUCUCCUCUACCUGCCAGCUCUCAUCCACCGCCUUCACCCUUAGUCCCAACACCCUGACAGCAGGAGGAGUGGUCUGCCCAGUGAAGGUUAUGAAGAGACCAUCAACAGUCACCUCCCUCUCCUCCACCACCACCUCAGCAGCCAAGGAGGCUGUGAAGAAGGAGGGCGCUGAGGAAAAGGAGUGUACACUCCGGAUUAUCCACCCCUCUCAGCCCCUCUCGCAGACCCCUAGCCUACUGUGCUCUGCGUCUGCCACUGACCCCGAGAAGAAGUACCAGGGUAGAGUGUCUGGGCAGGCUGAGCAGUCCUCAGACAGCCCAGCAGAGGAGAGGCCAGAGGUAGGUAAGGAGGAACCACAGGCCCCUGUCUAUAAUGGAUCCAUGGAAGAAGAGACUUCCACAGAGAAGGACAACAUAUCAACUCCUACAGAGAAGAAGUCCCUUGUCAAUAGAAACUUGAUCAAUAGGCUUUCUGUUAUGACGUAUCCCCUCGUGGACAGCGCUCCCCUAAACAGUGUCAUCUGGAGGCCAUUGGAGAAACCGCAGGCGGUGGGUAAGCGUGAUCCAGGAGGCUGGGGCCUGUCUCUGACCAAGGGAGAGGCAGCCGUACUGGUGAAGGCUCUCUCUGAACACGAGGGCAUAGUAGUGGGACGGAAGGGAAAGGAUAGUACGGUCACACCGAAGCGCGAGGAAAACCUGGUCCAACACAAUGGAAAGAAGAGCUCUGUGACACUGAAGGGCAAGAGUAGCUCAGUCACACAGAAAAGAAAGGAUAGCUCAGAACUACAAAAAGAACAGGAUAGCACAACGUCUCAGAAAGAAACUAACAACUUGGUCCCACAAAAAGGAGAGGAUAGCUCGGGCCCACCGAAGGAAAAUUAUAGCUUUAUCACUCAGAAAGCAAAGGACGGCUUGGUGACAUCAAAGGAAAAUGAUUGCUUGCUGACACAGAAGGGAGGGGGAGGCCUGGCAGAUGGCUUUGAGGCGCCAACUGUGAAGAGAACACGACGACCGCCGCGCUUGGACAUUAAAUCCCCACCAACUGAACAUAUCACUACUACCCCUGUGGCAACGACUGGGGGUGGCCCGGCCAACGUUACACAAGCCACGGGUAGUGCCCGUACCCCAGUGUCUCGACCUGGGGGUAUUCUUGUGACUAACACCGGGGAUGGUGAAAACCAACUAACCCCAAGGGAACCUACGAGGCAGGGUAGGACUCCUAAAGUACGACGGGUUGGGUUUACUACUAGUCCUGUGGCGAUGACUGGGCCUGGAGGUAACUCGGCCAAAGUGACUCCAGCUGGGGGUAUCCCUGUGAAGAGAGCUGCCAGUAGCCCUGCCACUCGGGGUAGGCCUCCUAAAGUACGGAAAGCUGGAGAUAGCCCUAGCCCGGCCCCUGGAACUCGGGCUGGGUUAAGCCCUGUGGUGAAGACUGAUGGCAGCGCAGCCAAACCAACACGGGGAGAUAGCCCGGCCAGGACAACCCGAGCUGGAGUUAAUAGCUCUGCAGCAAUGACUAAAGGAAGCCCGGGUAAAACACCACAGGCUAUAGGUCGGCCUGGAACACAGCCUGUGACCCGCUCUGUCGGGGGGAAGAGGACAAUGAGGUCUGACAAGGCCUAGUGGAGUUGAGACUAAGGCUGCAUUUCCACACUGCCUCCAUUGGUCCAUCUUGAUACAGUGUGGCUCAGUUGGUAGAGCAAGUCUACUGUAAGUCGCUCUGGAUAAGAGUGUCUGCUAAAUGACUCAAGUGUACAGAAGUUGUCUACCUCGUUUCCUCUCCUUCACUCCAAGGAUGAUGCAUUUCAGCCUAGUUCCAACCAGAGGAACAAGGGAAUCAUACUCAACACGUCACGUCAACAGAUGUGUCAUUAACUAACUCUCAUUAAAGGCUGCACUCAGGUUCAGUAAUCCCAUUGAGACCGCCACAUGUGCCUGUUCACAAAUCCAAAGGACCCUGGACAGUUGUUUGUGUGAGUUAACCCUGUCUCAGCUUUAGUACUCAUUUGCCUGCCUGCCUACUUGUGAAUACACAACAAAGCAGACAAUAAUUUACACCUACAGACAGUCAGUUUUCAGAACAUCUCUAGUCAUUGAGCGAAACGUUAAAUGAAUGAACUGUAUGCAUGUAUUGACGGUUUGGCUGCCGUUUCAGUAGUUGUAAAUGGGACAUUAGCCCCAUGUUGGGGUGAAUGUGGGAUGUCCUACUUUUUUGGUGAAGUCAAUAUUGUUUUUAUGUUGUAGAAAGUUGAUUCCUUGUGUUAUUUAAUCAUCAAACCCCUGUAAUUGUUGAAGAUAAGUUCUAGGGAAGGUCUGUACAACAAUAAUGAACUUGCAUGACCACAAAACAGGUCAAUUACUUUCUGGUCCAUUUUGAAGUUUCCAAUAGGCCCUAAUCUUUGCAGCUGAAAAUCAUUGAUUUCAGAUACAACAUUCAUGUGUUUGUUCAUGUCAAAAACCACAGUAAAUGUUAUUUCUAUGCCACUCUAAAGACGAUGUAUUAUAGCUGCAAUUGUUGUGUCCAGUCCUUUUAAAUACACUCUUAAUUUCAUUACCAGGCUCUUGGGAGUUUUCUCAUAAUUAGUACUUUUAAGUCUUUAGCGAAUAGAAUUUCUACUAUUCCUUUUAUUAUUUCUACACAGUCACAACCAUAAAUAUUAAACUUUUAAAAGUUGAAUAUUUUAAUUUGCCUUAUGAAUUGCUUCCCUGUCUGUUUUACAAUGGACCUCCUCGUUCAAUGAUUCUCAUGUCUGAUUUUUGAGGAACUUAUGCAUAACAUGUCAACAUUUUUGUUAUUUGACAUUGGUUUCAAUCUUGUGUGUCAAAAGCAAUCACGAUUAAAGCCUACUGUGAGUCUG